AUGGUUCGGGACAACCAAACGAACCGCGACGACAUGGCUAGGGGCCGAGGAAGGUUGCGGGGAUUUCAGAGGUGGGCUUGGCAGACGAGGCUUUGGUGGGGCGCUCCGCCAGCAGAAGACGGCAUAAGUUCCUGGUCCGACAUCAACCCGUUUGGUGGUCGUCCAGCCCGACAGGAUGCCGAUGAGUUCGGCGAUGGCCGCUAUCGCAAGCAGUGGCGACCAGACAUGGACUUCGAGGACGUCGAGGGUUGUGCGGUGCAUCGUUGGGUUGAGGGUUGCGGAGACUACCAGGGUGAUAUGGGUUUCGGGAGGCCAACAGUGUCGGUUGGGACGACGUUCGGCGGUGCGGGCUCGUGGUUCAGGGGGUCACGAGCAUUGUUCACCGAGGAAGUCGACGACUCCGACGCAGACGGUCUCUACGACGGUCCGCCGAUUUUAGAUGAGGAGGCCUGCGGGAGAUGGAGGAACAUCUUUGCAGGGACAUGGGCCCCGCCCUCAAAAGAAUUUGCUGUAGUUUAUGGAUUUAUGCUUGCCCUGGCGACGAUAUUUGAUAAGAAGUCUAAUCCUUUACAAGAGCUUGGGACGGGCCCAUGCAAUACAAUUGGGGGGAAUUCGAGAGGGAGAUUUACAUGUUUGGCAGGCUUUGGGAUGUUACCCAGUGACAUGGCUUUCUGGGAUUAA